CCCUCAUCCACUCCUUUCCCCCUCCCAACUACUUCCCUUUCUCUCAUUCUGUAUUCACCUGAUUACUUUGCCAAUUUAUCUAGAUCUGGUUGGAAAGGACAAAAAAAAACGCAAGUCAAAAGGAAUCCCUUGACCGUGCUGCGAUUUCCAGGCAGAAAAAAAGAACCCCCAAGGAAAAUUGAAGAAGGAAGAUUCCCCAUUCGACCCUCUCACAAUCUUCCCACAAAUCAGAAACUUUUCAUAUUUUCCAUAAAUCGUCAUCAUGGUCCUCCACAACCCCAACAACUGGCACUGGGUGAACAAGGAUGCCUCUGGCUGGGCCAAGGAGUACUUGCAGGAGAAACUGAGCGCCAUCACUGCUGAGCAAGAUGGCGUGUCCGCCCAAGUAGACAAGGUGCUGUCCAUGAAUGGCGACGUAGAUGUCAGCCAGCGCAAGGGCAAGGUCAUCACCUUGUAUGAUGUCAAGCUGUCGCUAGAGUAUUCAGGUAAGACCCAGGACGGCGAGGAGGUCACCGGUUCCAUCACCAUCCCCGAGGUAGCCCACGACACCGAGGAAGAUGAGUACGUCUUCGAGAUUGAGAUCUACUCCGAUGCCUCGUCCAAGCAGCCCGUAAAGGACCUCGUUCGCUCCAAGAUCCUCCCCCAGCUUCGCAAGACCCUGGCCACCCUCACCGGCGCCCUUAUCACCGAGCACGCCAAGGACCUUCAGCACGCCCCCGGCGUGAACCCCUCCGCCGGCUUCACUCCCGCCGCUGUCCACCCCCCGACCAACAAGAAGGAGGCUGCUCCUACCGCCACUUCUACCACGUCCACCACCGGCAAGGUUGCCGUUAACACUACCACCGUGACCGCAUCGGACGAGUUCCGCACCACCGCCGAGGAGCUGUACAACACCUUCACCGACCCCCAGCGCAUCGCCGCCUUCACCCGAGGUGCCCCCCGCCAGUUCGAGGGCGCCCAGCCCGGCGGCAAGUUUGCCAUCUUUGAUGGCAAUGUCACCGGCGAGUUCGUCAAGCUCGACGCUCCCAAGCAGAUCGUUCAGAAGUGGCGCCUCGCCCAGUGGCCUGAGGGUCACUUCAGCACUCUCGAGAUCAACCUGGACCAGAACGACGUUGAUGGCGUCACCCAGCUGCGUGUCGAGUGGUCCGGUGUUCCCAUUGGCCAGGAGGAUGUAACCAAGCAGAAUUGGGAGCUGUAUUACGUGCGCAGCAUCAAGCAGACUUUCGGGUUUGGCACUAUUCUCUGAUCGACUCCAAGCCUUCUCAUUAACCGCCUGAUACGAUCUACAAAGAACGCCACUUUGUGGUCGCCAAUUCCGUUUCUUCCACCUUGCAAACGCAGCAUCGGAAACAAGAGAACAUAGAGAAGCACGCCCAUUACUCGACAUUCUUUCCGCGCCUGAAAUAUGGCGCAGGAACUAGGGUUGGGGGCCUUGCACGGAGGGAAGUUUCCAGUUAUAGAUGAGUCGUUGGGCUACCACCAUUCGCAAGUACUUUUUGCCGGUCGAUUGCUUCUUUUCCAUGUUUCUCGGAGUUUUUGAGCUUGUGCUCGCUCGGGUCUUUUUAUGUUUCACCCUUGUCUAGCCUCGGACGGGGACUGCAAUGAUGCUACGAUAGAGGAAAGUGAUAUGCCUAUGAUAAUGAAGUCAAGAAAGAACGCACUGAUAUCAUCGCCUGCGAAU